AGUUCAGUUUGGUGACUCGAGUCGUUUGGACGUUGCCAUUGAACCGUGGUUUCUGCCUCAAUCUCUUGAGUUUGCAUGAGGUUUGGGAUUGUUGAAAGAAAAAUUGAAGAAAAAAAAAUCAUUUCUCAUUGUUAGUCCAUGCAGAGAGAUUUUUUCCGUGUGAGUGGGUUGUUGUAAGAGACGCAGCAGUGGGAAGAAUUCCGCGAGGGGUAUCUGUUUUAUCCGUGAGAAGUUUCACAAAAGUUUUGGCGAAUUUAUUUUCAAUUAAAUUGCAUUUCAUUCGAUUACCGCGCGAGUUUAUCUGUUACCGGCAAUAAUCCAUUUAGUGAAGAAUUUUGUGAAAAGGAGGAUUUCCACGAGAAAGCCAUGGCGCUAGACGGGAAGGCAAUUAAGGAGGAAAUUCCCGAUAAAGAUGUCUACGAAGCCAGUUCGAGGCGUGUCAAAGAAAAAGAUCAAUGCAGAACUCCAGACUCUCCGGAAGGUGCUCGGGCUGUUGCCCCGCGAUCCCCUAUUUCACCCCAAGUUACCCAAACACCAUCAUCCGGCAGGAAUGGCACCGGCAGCACAUCCCCAAGUAUCCUCAAUGGUGGCUCCGUGACACCACCACCAGCUGCUCCUGCCUCCCUCUUGGCGGCCAUUCCCACCUCAGCUCAAGACAGUGGACGCGUCUUUGUCAAGAUACGACGCUUCCUUGGUGCCCUUGUGCAAUUUGGCCAGGAUUCUGGACCCGAUGUGGGUGACAGAGUUCGAGCAUUGGUGCUAUCUCUAGCUAGUGGCGGUUUAACGUCGGAGGAAUUUAAAGUAGCCGUUCAGGAGGCGACAAAUUUCCCACUAAGGCCAUACGUUUUACCCUUUCUUAAGACUCACAUCCCACUCCUUCAGCGAGAACUAACAGCCCUCGCGAGAGCCAAUAAUCAAUCCGUGUCGCAGUUUGUGCGAUCAAAUGAAAGUUCAGUAUUUGAGUUUGCCCACAACCCCACAGAGCACUCAGAAAUCUUCCUCCCAAUCGAAGGUGGAAGCUUUGCGGGAAAUGGUGCUUCAGUAAAUGGCAAUGGGCUCCUCCUUAAGCGCCGCGCAUCCGAUAAUUUCUUUGACACACAGCAUCAGCACGAGUGGAGUGAACACUCACUACCCUCAAAGCGACCCCAUCAUUCGCUGAUGCUCAGUUCAGGAUCCUCGACGGCAGCUCAUUUGCUACCUGCUCACACACCACUCUUUGAUUACCAGCUAGCACCGCAUUUGCACACGGAUUUUGGGAGCAGUGAGAAGCCAUCCUUUGGACGGGAUGAGCGUUCUGAUCUGCGUCCUCUGGACUUUCGUAGUGCACGUUCUGAUGAGGAAUGGAAGAACAUUCACACAAUGCUUAACUGCAUCUCUGCCAUGGUGGACAAGACGAAGCGUGCCAUCACCAUUCUCCAGCAGAGGGGUGCAGAUACCCACCAGAAUUACCAGGAAGCUUCCCUGGCGGAGAUAAAGAGACUCACAGAUGAAAAAGUGGCGGAAUUCAAGAGAAGUGCCGAAGAUGCUGUGAACCAAGUCAAACGGCAGGCUGUUAUUGAGAUUCAGCGUGCUGUGGCUGCAGCAGAGGCCAGAGCGCUGGAAAUUGUAGCCCAGGAGAGGCUAAAGAUGGAUAAAUUGUUCGCAGAACUGGGCAAAGGAGCCGCAGAUUCAAUUCCCGAAGAGACCCAAACAAAUGUCUGUUGGAAGUGUGGUAGGAAAGCCACAGAGACGUGUUCAGGAUGUGGUCUGGCCAAGUACUGUUCCGCCUUUUGUCAGCACAAAGACUGGGAGCAGCAUAUAAAGAUCUGCGGCACAAUUCGUCUGGAUCCAAAGCUAAGAAAUCACGUGCCGGCCCGCUCAUCGCCGCCACAGUCAACGGCGGCCCCAAGCAGCCAGCCGGCGACACAAUCGAGUCAGCCGACUUCCGUGGCGAACGGUAGCGCCUCCACGGUGAAAUGACGGAUUAAAGCACUGAAGCCAAAAAGGAAGUUUCUCUACUAGUCAAUUUUUGCAACAACACACAAAAUAAUACCAACAAUCUUUGCGCCAACGCACUUUCGAGUCAUUUCUGCAAAAUGCCCAAAGAUGCACCCACGCACGUUCCAAACCAAAACUUCACUCUCUCUCAGUUUUCCCGCCUAAAAUUUCAUUUGCGGUGGUUUAAGAAAUUUAAAAAAUCGACUGAUGUUGACAAUGUGUUUCCUAAUUGUUAAGUUAAUUCCCGUGUUUUUUUUCUUAACUAUUUUAUAAAAUAGAUUUAAAAAAGAAUAAUGUGGUUAUCCAAAUAUUUUUUCUUGUUUAGAUUUAAGAAGAUUUUUACGCUGAAUUAAUCAGCGGAACAUUUGAGUUGUGAAACUUCCCAAAAAAAAAAAAAGAAAACUCUACCAGCUAAACCACAGACAUUAAAGAUGAAGCGUAAGUGUAAAAAAAACCUUAAAAUAUUAAGUAGAUAAAAUGUGCAAUAUUACAAUUAAUUUAAAAUGAAGAAAAUAAAUUUAAAAAAUUAAAAAAAAAAAAUGAAGAAAAAUAUCAAAUCUCGUAGCUAAGUGAUGAAGGACGCUGUUUUUAUGCGCUGAGAACCUUUCUUUGCAAAUAUUUGUUCGCCAUUUUGUAUUUCGGUAAAGUACGCCAAAAGGCUUCUGAUGUUUUUCGUGAAUUAAGUUUCUUUAAAGCUGUAUUAAAACAGAAUGCGAAUUAAACCUCUUUGUGAAAUUAUAACCUCAAAGUUCUCUAUCUUUGGCAGCCAUUUUGAAAUUGUUUCCUAUGAAAUUUACAGAAUUACAACAAUUCCUUUUCGAAUAAAUUAAAUAAAUAUUUAAACAUUAAAUUAAAAGAAAAUCUUUCAAAGCAAAAGGUAUUCAGUGCACAUAAAAUUGCGUUCUGUAUGGGAGAUUUUUAGUAAAGUAAAAAUGAUGUUAAGAUGACUUAAGAAAAACGUUCAAUCUCUGAAUUCCGUGGAGGAGAUGAGUUAAAUAAAAGGCAAAGAGAUGUCCCUUCGGCGUCUAAGAAGGGACAUGAUGAGAAAAGGUGUCGAUGCACAGUGGACUUUUGAUUAAUUUAUAAAAUGGAGCACCAAACACAUGUAAUGUAAUUGAAUUCUCAAUUAAAAAGAUUCU